GCUGGUCACGUUCUCUGAACUUCUUGACUUUUCAAACUUUCCCAGAGGUCUUCCAUCGCCUUUAUAUUUUAGGCAAAGGAGUUACUCCAAGAAAACUUAGGCUCAUCCUUUCGCUAGAAACAUCUUAUAACCACCUGCUCGCCGUUCCCCAUAGCCGGCCAGCCCAUUUCAGGGGACUCGUUUGUUUCUACACAGCUUAGCUAUGGAGAUCUGAGUCAGCUUCUGAUAGGCUAACUCCAGAUCCAGCCCUGAUGCUCAGUGGCCCCAGUCCCGAGAGGUUCAGCGUUUUCUCCUGGCAACAGCUCGAGACGACGCUCAUAGGCUAAGCGGACUCAUAGUCCCAGACACCGAGCAGCUGUAGUGAGUGUUCAUUGGUUAGCUGAGGAUUUAAAGCCAUCCUUGGGUUGGUUGAUGAUGGGCUCUGUGAGGCUGCGCAGAGUCCGACUUUAAAGGAGGCGGAGCUUUGUCUUUCGUCCUCAAGAAAGACAGUGGGAUCGGCGAGUGGCGACAGCAGGAAUCGAGCCUGAGCCCUGCUAGGGCUUUAGGCUCCAGGUUUUUAUCCAAGCAAAUUAGCCUCAAACGAAGAAGAAAAAAUGGCUUCUGAAUCAGAAACGUUGAACCCCAGCGCUCGGAUCAUGACCUUUCACCCCACCAUGGAAGAGUUCCGGAACUUCAGCCGCUACAUUGCCUACAUUGAAUCUCAAGGGGCUCACCGGGCUGGGCUAGCCAAGGUUGUUCCUCCCAAAGAGUGGAGACCUCGAACAUCUUACGACGAUAUUGAUGACCUGGUCAUCCCUGCACCCAUCCAGCAGCUGGUGACGGGUCAGUCUGGCCUCUUCACUCAGUACAACAUACAGAAGAAAGCCAUGACUGUCCGGGAGUUCCGCAAGAUCGCCAAUAGUGACAAGUACUGUACCCCACGAUACAGUGAAUUUGAAGAACUUGAGCGUAAAUACUGGAAAAACCUCACAUUCAAUCCUCCCAUCUAUGGAGCAGAUGUGAAUGGUACUCUCUAUGAACAGCAUGUUGAUGAGUGGAAUAUUGGCCGGCUGAAGACCAUCCUGGACCUGGUGGAAAAGGAGAGUGGGAUCACCAUCGAGGGUGUGAACACCCCCUACCUGUACUUCGGCAUGUGGAAGACAUCCUUCGCCUGGCACACAGAGGACAUGGAUCUGUACAGCAUCAACUACCUGCACUUUGGAGAGCCAAAGUCUUGGUACUCUGUCCCACCUGAACAUGGGAAACGCCUGGAGCGUCUUGCCAAAGGCUUUUUCCCAGGGAGUGCUCAAAGCUGUGAGGCUUUUCUUCGCCACAAGAUGACCCUUAUCUCCCCAUUAAUGCUGAAGAAGUAUGGCAUUCCCUUUGACAAGGUGACCCAAGAAGCAGGAGAGUUUAUGAUCACUUUUCCAUAUGGUUACCAUGCUGGUUUCAACCAUGGCUUCAACUGUGCAGAGUCUACCAAUUUUGCUACCCGUCGGUGGAUUGAGUAUGGCAAGCAAGCUGUACUGUGCUCCUGCAGAAAAGAUAUGGUAAAGAUCUCCAUGGAUGUGUUUGUGAGGCGGUUCCAGCCGGAACGCUACAAACUAUGGAAAGCCGGGAAGGACAGCACGGUUAUUGACCACACUCUGCCCACACCGGAAGCAGCCGAGUUUCUGAAGGACAGCGGACUAACCCCGAGAGCUGGGAAUGAGGAGUGCCCGGAGGAGGACACAGACGAUGCUGAGCAGGGAGAGGAGGGCGAUGUGAAGAGAAGUCUGGCCAAGCACCGAAUAGGGACAAAGAGACACCGGGUCUGUCUGGAAAUACCACAGGAGGUCAGUCAGAGCGAGCUCUUCCCCAAGGAAGAGCUGAGUUCUGGACAGUAUGAGAUGACAGAGUGCCAGGCCACCCUCGCCCCAGUGAGGCCCACCCACAGCUCUGUGCGGCAAGUUGAGGACAGCCUCCCCUUCCCAGAUUAUUCUGACCCCACUGAAGUCAAAUUUGAAGAGCUGAAGAAUGUCAAACUCGAAGACGAGGGUGAGGAGGACGAGCCCGAAGCAGCUGCACUGGACCUUUCUGUGAAUCCUGCGUCCGUAGGAGGACGCCUCAUCUUCGCGGGUUCCAAAAAGAAAUCCUCUUCCAGCCUGGGCUCCAGUUCAUCUCAGGAUUCAGUUUCUUCAGAUUCUGAAACCACCGAGUCUGUCUCUUGCCAGGGCCAAGAGAAAACAGGAGUGCUCACCGUGCACAGCUAUGCAAGAGGGGAUGGCGUGGCUGCCACGGGAGAGCCGAGUGUGAAGAAGAAACGCAGCGCCCCCCGCAGCAUCAGCGAGCAGGAGCUGGCAGAGGUUGCAGAUGAGUACAUGCUUUCCCUGGAGGAGAACAAGAAGACCAAGGGUCGCCGCCAGCCCCUGAGUAAGCUCCCACGCCACCACCCGCUCGUGUUGCAGGAGUGUGGCAGUGAUGACGAGACUUCUGAACAGCUGACCCCCGAGGAAGAGGCUGAGGAGACAGAGGCUUGGGCCAAGCCUCUGAGCCAGCUGUGGCAGAACCGACCCCCGAACUUUGAGGCCGAAAAGGAAUUCAAUGAGAUCAUGGCCCAACAGGCCCCUCACUGUGCUGUGUGUAUGAUCUUCCAGACCUACCAUCAGGUGGAAUUUGGAAGCUUCAGUCAGAGCUGUGGGAAUGCUUCAGAAUCAGCUGCCCAGACUCAGAGGACCAAACCGUUGAUCCCUGAAAUGUGCUUUACCACAACUGGCUGCAGCACAGACAUAAAUCUGUCCACCCCUUACCUAGAGGAGGAUGGCACCAGCAUGCUAGUGUCCUGCAAGAAGUGCAGUGUCCGGGUCCACGCCAGCUGCUAUGGUGUCCCCCCUGCAAAGGCUUCUGAAGAAUGGAUGUGCUCUCGAUGUUCAGCCAAUGCCCUGGAGGAAGACUGCUGUUUAUGCUCAUUGCGUGGAGGGGCCCUGCAGAGAGCCAACGAUGACAGAUGGGUUCAUGUUUCAUGUGCUGUGGCAAUUCUAGAAGCAAGGUUUGUCAACAUUGCUGAAAGAAGUCCAGUGGAUGUGAGCAAAAUCCCUCUGCCCCGCUUCAAACUGAGGUGUGUCUUUUGUAAGAAGCGGAGGAAACGGAACGCUGGCUGUUGUGUGCAGUGCUCUCAUGGCCGCUGCCCCACCGCCUUCCACGUGAGUUGUGCCCAGGCUGCUGGGGUGAUGAUGCAACCUGACGACUGGCCCUUUGUUGUCUUCAUCACGUGCUUCCGACACAAGAUUCCCAAUCUGGAGCGCGCUAAAGGAGCCCUGUUGAGCAUCACGGCUGGCCAGAAGGUCAUUAGCAAGCAUAAGAAUGGCCGAUUCUACCAGUGCGAGGUGGUCAGACUUACCACUGAGACCUUCUAUGAAGUCAACUUUGAUGACGGCUCCUUCAGCGACAACCUUUAUCCUGAGGACAUAGUGAGUCAGGACUGUCUCCAACUGGGUCCUCCUGCUGAAGGCGAAGUGGUUCAAGUCAGAUGGACAGAUGGUCAAGUCUAUGGGGCUAAGUUUGUGGCCUCCCACCCCAUCCAGAUGUACCAGGUGGAGUUUGAGGAUGGCUCGCAGCUGGUGGUUAAGAGAGAUGAUGUGUACACACUGGAUGAAGAGCUUCCCAAGAGAGUCAAGUCUAGACUGUCAGUAGCUUCAGACAUGCGGUUCAAUGAGAUUUUCACGGAGAAGGAAGUAAAGCAAGAAAAGAAAAGGCAACGGGUCAUCAACUCGAGGUACCGGGAGGAUUACAUCGAGCCAGCACUGUACCGGGCCAUCAUGGAGUAGAUAUUUCCAGGAUCUAAGAGGUUCCCAGCCAUCAAGGCGAGAGCUCUCUAGGGUUCCACAGCACAGCAGACACUUGGAACUCAGAAGUCUUAGAACAUAAAGCUGUACAAAGAAAAGGAAUGACAUGUCCGACCCAUCACCUUCUCACUCCACCCUCGAUGCUUUCUGCCGUGAAAAGACAAGCCAGUUGUGGGCGCUUGGCAGCAGCUGCUCAUCCCCAGCUGAAGGGCUGACACUGGGAUGCUGAGACUGCAUCAGCCCCCAGUCCAAACUGGUCAGCUGUUCCUGCUGGGAUUGCUGUUUCUUAGCCUAGGACUUGCUUCCUACCGCCCACCUGCACCAGCAAGGCAGAGAGGUGCUGGUGCUUGACCCAAUCCCCUUUUGUAUUUAUGUACGCAUGUGUGAGCGUGCACAUGUACAAGUGUGUACCUGUGUGUGAGUGUGCAAGUGUACGCCUGUGUGUUUGUGUACUCGAGAAUGUGUGUGUGGGUAUGCAAGUACAUAUGUGUGUAUUUGUGUGUGCAUGAGUGUGUGUGUGUGUGUGUGUGUGUGUGUGCGCGUGCGUGUGCGUGUGCGUGCUUGGGCAGGACUAGCUUCUGCCAGCCCCUGGGCUUCACUUUCUUCUUUGCCUCUCUGCAGGGCAAACAAAAUGUGAAAUUCUGCCCUCAGCCAAGCUGAGUUAAGGGCCCUGGGGGAUGGCUAGAGGUGGGUUGCCAUCUGUCCCUUCCUGGACCGACUUCAAGAGAGCGCUGGCAAGGCUGCAGUAUUGGGAUCCUAAGGAGCUGGCUGCCAUCUCUGUCCACCCUUGAAGUAGAACUCAGAGGUUACGUGCUAUGAGCCCACAGACUUCAGGCACUGAAGCCCCUAUGGCAGUGUUAGAGGGUGUGGGUGGGGACUACCUUGAAGGGAGAAUUUUAAUGAUGGAAACAGGCAGAGCCUGGUGGAUGAUUUUUGUGCAGGGGAAAAUUGCAGUUAUGCAGGGGCUAUCUAUGGGUUAGGAUGAACUGGGGCCACUGGAGGCCAAGGGCAGUGUAGCCAUGCCCUUGGUCAGGGGUGGGGUGGGGCUGGUUGCGGGUGGGGGUGGGGUGGGACUAGAGGGCAACAUUGAAGGGGUUAAACAGGUUUUUGCUCCUCUUGAAUUUGUUUGCCUGGGCCCAAAUAUUGGAGGGCUUCAUACCUUGCUCUGUAUACAGGAGUCAGAUUUAUAAUACUUCCCCUUUUUUGUUACGUAUGAACUCUAUAAACCAAAUUAUUUUGAAAACUGGUGCAUUACCUUGUCCUUAGCAAUAAAAUGUA